AUGACAGACAUUGUUGUGGAUUGGCUGGAUGAAAUUCAGAAAGCAAGAGGGAAAUAUUUUUUGGACCUGAGUAAGGUUCAUGAUGAUGCAAACAUGGUAACAAAAGAAUUGGAGAAUGAAAUUAUAAAAUGGUAUAAUGAAGAAGUUGAGUGGGUGAAAAGGCUAACUCAGAUGAGAGAAGUACAAAAAUGUGGUGUAAUGAAGUUCUUGUUAGAAAAGCUAGUUCCUUCCUUGGAUGACAACAUUCUGUACGUAUGCCAACAAAAUGUAGAAUGGAGAAAUUUGUUGAUGAGACAGGCAUAUGAAGAGUCUGCCAAAUUAGUGAAUCGGCUUGGAGAAUUGUCGAAUCUAUUCACAGCAUAUUCUACUUUGUUUCUAUAUAUAUCAAGGACAGGACUAACCGAUCCCAAGCAAUUACAAGGCAAGAAGAUGAAUGACCUGCAGUUGCAUGCAGUCAUGGUGCCUUUCCCUGUGCAAGGGAAUAUCAAUCCUCUUAUGAAUUUGGCUCACCUCCUCUCUUCAAGAGGAGUUUUCAUCACUUUCGUCAACACGGAAUGCAGCCACAACCGCAUGUCAACAGCUGCUGCUGAAUCCUCCAAAUUUAAGUUUCUCGUCAUUCCAGAUGGGUUGCCACCUGAUCACGGUCGUUUCUCCAAACUUCCCGAGUAUUUGAAUGCACUGGAAAAACUUGGCCCCAUCUUGGAACAUCAUUUACUCUGCAGCUUAACGGACGGAACUCCUCCCAUUACCUGCAUUAUAUCAGUAAAUUUCAUGUCUUGCACUUACGAAGUAGCCAACAAGCUGGGAGUGCCCCGAGUCAUUUUCUGGACAAUGUGCGCCGCCUCUUCUAUUGCUCAGUGCAACGCUCACCUUCUCCUCUCCAGCGGACAUAUUCCUGUCAAAGUGGAGAAUUUGAAGAAGGCGGAUAAAGUGAUCACUUGUUUGCCUGGUAAUCUUCCGCCCCUGUUGCCAAGCGAUCUAUUUUCCUUCUACCGUGCUGCCGAUACAUCGGACGUUUUACUCCAGUGGGCUCUGCGUGAAUCAGAAUUUCAAAAUAAGGGGGAUUAUGUGCUGGUCAACACGUUCGAUGGGGUGGACGCUCCAGAGACGGUAAGCGCACUGUCCAUCAAUGGCUGCCCUGCUUUGGCAGUUGGGCCUGUAUUUCUUCCCAAUUUCCUGGAAGGGAGAGACUUGAACGGGGUCGUGAGUCUGUCGGAGCAGGACGAGAGCUGUCUCAAAUGGCUUGACGCCCAAGAGCCAGGUUCUGUGAUAUAUGUUUCCUUCGGCAGCCUGGCCGUCAAAUCGAACGAGCAGCUGGAGGAAUUGGCAGUGGGGCUGGAGAAAAGCGAGCAACCCUUUCUGUGGGUGCUACGAAUGGAUAUUGUGGGAGGCAAACCUGGCACUCUCCCGGAGGGUUUUGUAGAGAGGACCAAAGAUCGGGGACUGAUUGUGAAAUGGGUGUCGCAGGUGAAGGUGUUGUCAUAUCCUUCCGUAGGAGGGUUUCUUACGCACAGCGGGCGGAACUCGUGUUUGGAGAGCAUGAGCAUGGGCGUUCCAAUGCUUGGAUGGCCCUAUUUCUUUGACCAGUUUCUGGACUGCCGCUUCUGCAAGGAUAUGUGGAAGAUUGGCAUGGAUUUGGAGGGCGUGGCCGCUGAUGAAAGUCUGGUGGUUGAAAGGGAGGAGAUUGAGAAAGGUGUGAGGAAAUUGAUGGAGGGUCGGGAAGGGGAGGAGCUAAGAAAAAGAGGCAGAGAGUUGAAGGAGGCGGCAUUUAAAGUGGUUGGGGAGGGAGGUUCUUCUUUUCUCAACUUGAACAGGCUUAUUCAUGACAUCGCACAACUUUCCAAAACGGCUUCUCUUAAAACUGCGUAA